AUGGCAGAACCCACUUCUCUAGGCAACACUGUUGGUAACGAGAAUGAUCAAUUGAAGAAAACAGCUGAUGAGUCUGUCAAUUAUAUUCGUGAAUCGGAAACAAUUGACUCUAAUGAAAACCCCGUGAAGAAAGGUGCCGAUGACAUUGUCAAAACUACUUCAGGAUUAAGUUUGGAUUCCACGGACAACCAUUCAGAGCUACGCAAAUUUGGCAUCGUUUUAGUUUGUGGUGUCGCUCUUGUUUCAGAUGGUUAUUGUGCCAAUACCAUUGGCGCGGUUAUUAGUAUUUUACGCAAACUCUAUCCUGCGGAAACAAAGCAUUCACAUGCAUUGCAAAAUGUGGGUAUGAUUGCAUACGUCGGCACUAUUGUCGGUCAAUUGUCGUUCGGUUAUGUUUCUGACCAAAUUGGUCGGAAACGAGGUAUGAUUGUUGCUACAGUUAUCUUAAUUGUCGCUACAGCUUUGUGCACCGGAGCGUACGGACCUCAUGGCAGCAUAGACGGAAUGAUCACAGCCCUAAUUGUUUACCGAUUCUUCCUUGGUGUUGGAAUUGGUGCCGAGUAUCCUUGUGGAUCUGUUGCAGCUUCCGAGUCAAGCGCAGAAAUGAAAAGUGGCCGUCGCCAUGCAGUGUUCAUUGCCGUCACCAACAGCGCAAUUGACGUCGGAUUUGUGGUUGGCGCCCUAGUCCCAUUCAUCCUGGCGUGUAUAUUUGGCGACGAACAUUUGAGAAUUGUUUGGAGAUUAUCUAUUGGCUUGGGUGCUAUAGUCCCUUUAUUUUUACUUUACUUUCGUUUACGUCUCAAGGAAUCGGGCUCAUACACAAAGAACCGUCUUCGAUACUCUCAAAUUCCCUGGGGAUUGGUCGUUCGUCAGUAUGGUUUGCGUCUGCUCGUUAUAUGUUUGGUCUGGUUUGUUUACGAUCUUUCUGCGUAUGCCUUUGGCUUAUAUUCGAGUACUAUCGUUGGAAAAGUGUUACCAUCAAAUGCAACAAUGGCACAGACCUUCGGCUGGUCUACGCUCAUUAAUAGUUUCUACCUUCCCGGAUCGCUGCUUGGUGCUUAUGGCUCGGAUAUUUUAGGUCCAAAAUAUUGUCUUAUCAUUGGUCUCACACUUCAAGGAAUAAUUGGCUUCUUCAUGUCCGGUUUUUAUAAUGGUCUUGUAAAGCACAUUGCUGGAUUUUGCAUCAUUUACGGUUUGUUUCUUACGCUGGGUGAAUUUGGACCUGGCAACAAUAUCGGACUGUUGGCUUCCAAAACAUCACCCGCGUCGUUUCGUGGUUUGUUUUAUGGAAUUGCUGCCGCUGUCGGAAAAUGCGGUGCAGUCGCUGGAAUUUAUGCCUUCGGAGGUGAUGCCGUCCGUACCUAUUUUUAUGCUGCAAGUGCAAUGGCUCUUUUCGUUGCUGUUCUCGCUUUUUUCUGUGUUCCAAAUGUCAGUCAAUCUUGCAUUCAAGACGAAGAUGCCCGCUUUGCGGAGCUGUGUAAGGAAAACGGUUAUGAUAUUUUUGACUUCCAGGAAGAAGUUCAAAUGAAUCAAUACGGAAAGGUUUAA